AUGAUUAUUACACAAGUAGUCGGAGAAGAUAUACAAUCAAUGAUAAUGUCUUUAAUGAUUAAUUCCAAGUUUCAAUGUGCCAAUACAACUUGUUUACCAUUCAUUAAUGUUUUUACAUCAAAUAUUAUGAAUUGUCAAGUAGCCUGUUUAACUCAAAGUCAAUGCAGAGCAGCUACUUUUCAUCGAUCAACUUCUAAUUGUGAAUUAUUUGAUAAUAUGUUGAACCAAAAUGGAAAUAUGUUGGGUGAUGUCGAUGCUAUUAGUAUGAAUGUUAUUAGUGGAACACGAUUUCCAUCGGUAUGUUCUCUAUCUUCUCAAUCAUCCUGGUCACAAAAUGCAACUACUAUAUUUGGCAGCCAAGUAGGUACAUCUGGCUCUAACCUUACACUUCUUUCUAAUCCAAUUGGAAUGUAUUAUGACGGUUCUAACAAUAUGUUAUUUGUUGCGGAUAAUGGAAAUCACCGUAUUCUACAAUUUUCUAUCAACAAUCCACCUUCAAUCGCAACAGUAAUUGCUGGAGGCAAUGGCGGUGGUUGUAACAUGAAUCAGCUUGAUCUACCUAAUGGAAUAGAUUUUGAUAGUUCUGGUCGAUUGUAUGUAGCAGAUUUUGGCUGCGGUCAGGUCGUUAGAUUUCCAUCAAAUUCAAAUUCGACGACGUUUGGAACACUUCUCGGGUCUGUAGCGCAAGCAGUACUAAUAUCCAUAAAUCAAUUGACAAAUGAUAUCUAUGUAGCUAGCACUAAUGACAAUGCGGUAUACAAAUUUGUCGGAGGUAGUGGGUCACCAGUUGUUGCAGCAGGUGGCAAUGGCAACGGAAAUGCUUUGAAUCAGUUGUCAGGUCCAACUGGUGUUUACUAUGAUUAUUUAUAUACAAAUUCUUUGUACGUUAGUGAUAAUGGUAAUUAUCGCAUAAUGAAAUACCCAUCAAGUUCAACGAGUUUAACUUAUGGAACAGUUGUCGCUGGAGGUAAUGGAGCCGGAAGUGGAGCGAAUCAGCUGAAUAAUCCAAGAAAUAUAGUGGUCGAUAGUAGUGGAACUCUUUAUAUAGGUGAUGCAGGUAACAAUCGUAUUCAACGUUGGCUGCAAAAUGCAAGUAGUGGUACUACAAUCGUUGGCGGUACACGAGGAACAGCAUCAAAUCAACUUGAUUUCACUGACACAGUCCUCUUUGAUAAAUACAAUAACUUAUUGGUUUCUGAUAGAAAUAAUAAUCGAAUACAAAUGUUUAAUCUAACAACAUGCUAG